GGGUUUAAAAGGUUCUGAAAACAACUUUAAACAAGUGAACGUGGAAUGCGUGGAGGGGAUAAACUGCAGUACGGUUAACAAUGGCGACUCUCUUCGAAACGCCAUGGUCGACCUCUCUCUUCUCCAAUAAUUCAUCAUCAUAUUCACAAUCUCCGUCUCAAGUCAAGCUACUUCAUCAUAAUUUCUCCCCUGCACCAAAAUUUGGGCAGACAAUUCUUCUUCUACACUACUCUACAUCCAAACAUACAUAUACAGUGUGUGCCGCAGCAGUUGAUCCACCGCCUCCGCCGGAGCAGAACCAGUCACCUCCGGGAGACGCUAACGUUUCCCUGGAAGUUGCCAGCACCACCAGAGACCGUCGGAAAAUUGUCAAAGUAGCGUGGGAGAAGCUGGUCCGGUGGUCUCGUUCUUUGCGGUCCAAGGCCAAAACCGAUGUUCUCGAACGCACGAACAAAGUAGUAGUUCUAGGUGGAGGAUCUUUUGGAACAGCAAUGGCUUCCCAUGUUGCAGGUAGAAAGAUGCAAAUGGAAGUAAAUAUGCUCGUACGUGAUCCUCAAAUUUGUCAAUCUAUUAACCAGAAUCAUUGUAAUGGAAAGUAUUUUCCAGACCACAAGCUACCAGAAAAUGUGAUAGCAACAACCGAUGCAAAGACUGCUUUCACUGGAGCUGACUUUUGCCUCCAUGCUGUACCAGUUCAGUUCAGUUCUUCCUUCUUGGAGGGUGUUGCUGAGUAUGUAGAGCCAGGACUUCCUUUCAUAUCCCUUAGUAAAGGAUUAGAAUUAAACACAUUGAGAAUGAUGUCUCAAAUAAUUCCACAAACACUAAGAAACUCUCGACAACCAUUUGUUGCACUUUCUGGACCUUCAUUUGCACUUGAGUUAAUGAACAAAUUGCCUACAGCAAUGGUGGUUGCAUCAAAAGACAAAAAGUUAGCAAACUCAGUCCAACAACUUCUAGCUUCUAGGAACUUGAGAAUCAGCACAACAAGUGAUGUGACAGGGGUGGAGAUUGCGGGUGCACUGAAGAAUGUACUUGCAAUAGCAGCAGGGAUUGUAGAAGGUUUAAAUCUUGGUAAUAAUUCCAUGGCUGCCCUUGUUGCACAAGGUUGUUCUGAGAUCCGAUGGUUAUCAACCAAGAUGGGAGCGAAAUCAACAACGAUCUCGGGGUUAUCAGGAACGGGGGACAUAAUGCUUACAUGCUUUGUCAGCCUGUCAAGAAACAGAACAGUUGGAGUUCGUUUAGGUUCUGGAGAAACACUUGAUGACAUACUCUGCUCCAUGAACCAGGUGGCUGAAGGUGUGGCAACUGCGGGAGCUGUGAUUGCAUUGGCACAAAAGUACAAUGUUAAAAUGCCGGUUUUGACAGCUGUGGCACGGAUUAUAGACAAUGAGUUGACCCCACAAAAGGCUGUUUUUGAGUUGAUGAAUCUCCCACAGGUCGAAGAAGUGUAGAUAUGGGAAACAAAUACUUGUCCUUUCCCAGUUAGUUAGUAAGAUGAAAGGAACGUCCAGUUGUCACUCCGCCAUUGGUCGACACCCUUCUUGUAUCCACAGUGGUAAGAACACAAACAGUAAAAAAAAGUGACACAAUUGGAUAAUAUUGCUAAGAAAUUUAAGAUUGUGAAAUAUUACACAAUGAUUAUGAAACCACAAAAUUUUAAG